ACAAAGAUCAUGGGGCGUUUUGGAAUUUAAAAAUUAACACUUGUGACCUUAGAAAAGCCCUAGAUAGCCACCUAUAUAAACGACCCCAAAAACCCUAAUCUUCUUCUCAGUCUUCUCUUCAGCGGGCAAAAAUGUCGAAGCGAGGGCGUGGAGGAUCAGCAGGUAACAAGUUCAGGAUGUCACUGGGUCUACCAGUGGCAGCUACAGUGAACUGUGCCGAUAACACCGGGGCAAAAAACUUGUAUAUUAUCUCGGUGAAGGGAAUCAAGGGUCGCCUGAACCGUUUGCCAUCGGCUUGCGUUGGAGACAUGGUGAUGGCCACCGUGAAGAAAGGGAAGCCUGAUCUCAGGAAGAAGGUUCUGCCUGCAGUUAUUGUGAGGCAGCGUAAGCCAUGGCGCCGAAAGGAUGGGGUCUUCAUGUACUUUGAAGAUAAUGCUGGUGUGAUUGUGAAUCCAAAGGGAGAAAUGAAAGGGUCUGCAAUUACCGGUCCUAUUGGGAAGGAAUGUGCUGAUCUAUGGCCGAGGAUUGCAAGUGCAGCUAAUGCCAUCGUUUAAGAGAGUUCUAUGUUAUCUUUGUUUCUCCUACCGAAAAUUUAAUCUCAAUACUUUUAUAGAAGCAGAGAGCUUUCCUAGAUUGACUGGAUUUUGUUAUGAGGAUAUUUUGAGUUUGGUGAAAACCGCAUGGAGUCUAUCUUUGGAUUA